AUGGAGAGGAGUUCAAAUGCUUCACAGUGCAGAAACUUCGAUCGUGGUGGUCUUGGAUUCCACAAACACCUUGCCGGUCAGAAAUCAUAUGUGCAAAUUCAUCAAGAAAUGGAGGAAGAAUUUGGCCGUCCGGUAUCAUUUGGCGAAGUGUUCAUGAAGACACAUACUCGAGCUGACGGAUCGUUUGUUGAUCAAAAAGCUAAACAAGUAGCUGAAACUUAUGAGAAAACAUUAGAGGAGAAACUGUGUGAAGUGGGCGAUGAUGGUCCAGAAAAUUCAGGGAAUUCUUCUGAACAUGAGAAGGGAAACCUUUUUGGUCUUGGAUCUCUUGUUAAGACACUUAGGAAAGGGAAAAGGAAAGAAAGCUAUGCAGAAUCUUCUCCAUCAACACCAACACUUCUCGAGCUUCAAGAACAACUUCGCAACAAGAUAGCUCAUCUAGAUGCUGAGAAUGCCCAACAUGAUAAGGAGCAUCAAGAAUCUCAAAUGAGGACCAACGAGCUUCUCAUCUACAUGAAAGAGAAAGAUCCAGGAUUUGAGACUUUUAUUGCUUCCUUGCGACCAAGAGUACCAGCAACAACACCAUCAACCGCACCUGAAGACUCCACACCUGAAGACAUCAUACCACCAGCCACCGUGUCAGGUACUCACCAGCCACCGCGUUAG